AUGUUCGGUCCAACUUGCUUCAAGGACCACUUCCAGUUCUACCACCCUCCCUUGUUUUCAUUUUGAUGUCACAGAGCUACCUUACUGGAGAGAUUCCUCCAUCAAUCUGCAAUUUGACUUCAUUCACCAUUCUUGAUUUGUCUCAUAACAACUUGAGUGGUAUAAUUCCACCAUGUGUAGGAAACUUAAUCAAUCAGCUAUCUGUGUUAGAUUUGCAGAUGAAUCACCUCUCUGGGACCAUUCCUGUGGCAUUUACAGAGUGCAAUAGCUUGAGGACUCUUAAUUUGAAUGGCAAUCAAUUAGAUGGAGUGGUGCCACGAUCUUUGGCCAAAUGUAGACAGUUAGAAGUUAUUGAUCUUGGAAGCAACAAGAUUAUUGAUACAGUCCCCCACUCGUUGGGAGCUUUCUUGUCUUGAAUUCGAAUGAAUUCCAUGGUCCCAUACACAGAUCUUCCAAAAUAAAAAAUCCCUUCCCUAAACUACGAAUCAUCGACCUCUCGGGCAAUGGGUUUAAUGGUCUUCUGCCAGCAAAUUAUAUUAAGAAUUUUGAAGCAAUGAAGAAUGCGCAAGAAAGUGGAGUAGGAUUGCAAUAUAUUGGGGGACUACAUUAUCAGGAUUCAGUAACGGUGGUGAUAAAAGGGGACGAGCUUAAACUGGUAAGAAUUCUAACUAUCUUCACAACCAUUGAUCUGUCGGACAACAACUUUGAAGGUGAUAUUCCAGAUAUCAUUGGGAGUCUAGAUUCCCUCCUAGUGCUCAACUUGUCCCAUAACAGCCUUGUUGGUCAAAUCCCUUCAUCGUUGGGAAAUUUGUUGGUGCUUGAAUCAUUAGAUCUGUCAUCCAAUCAACAUGUGGGAGAGAUUCCUGUAAUACUUACAGAUCUAACAUUCCUUGAGGCAUUAAAUCUCUCACAUAAUCAUCUGGUGGGACUUAUUCCUCAAGGUGGUCAGUUUGAUACAUUUCAAAAUGAUUCGUACAGCAGAAACUUGGCAUUAUGCGGAUUUCCAUUGUCAAAAAAUUGUGGCAAUGACAAGGAACCACAGACUCCUCCGUCGGUAUUGCUGCAAGAAAAUAAUUCAGAUUUUUUUAGUGGAUUUAAUUGGAAAUCUGUGUUGAUGGGGUAUAGUUAUGGAACAAUACUGGGAUUAAUUAUGGGAUAUCUCAUGUUGUUAACUGAAAAACCCAAGUGGUUUACAGGAAUUGUAGGAAGACAACGACGAAGGAAUAGACAGAGGUUGAGAAGUGGGAACAGGCAUGGUGCAAGAAGAAUUUAGCAAUUUCUUAGGGAAGUUAUGUAUCUUUUUUUUUCACUUUG